AUGGAGAAAAGCACGCCGGUGCGAAAGCCUCACACCUCAACCGCCGAUCUGCUGACGUGGACGGAGGGUGCACAAGCUGUCUCCUCCAACUCCGGCCAGCGUUCCUCUGGUCGUUACAAUCAGCCGUCUGAUAGAAUCAGUAAAGUGCUGUUUGGAGGUCAGGUUACCGAUGACGAAGCUCAAUCUCUCUUGAACAAGAAGCCUUGCUCGGGUUACAAAAUGAAAGAGAUGACUGGUAGUGGAAUUUUUGCUGCCAAUGGUGCAUCUGAAACUACUGCCACUAACUCCACUAACAAAACUGGAGUGCGCAUGCAUCAGCGAGCAACGAAUAGCCAAAUAUCAUUCAGUGCUGAUUCAAGUGUUUCUCCCAAGAAGCCUACCUCUCUACCUGAGGUAGCAAAGCAGCGAGAGUUAAGUGGCUCGUUGCAAAGCGAAUCGGAUGCAAAGAAUAAAAAAAUAUCGAAUGCAAAGUAUAAGGAGAUCAGCGGACAUGACAUCUUUUCCUCUCCUCCUGAAAUUAAGCCACGUUCCUUGGCCGCUGCCGCCACUGAAUCAAGAGAAAGCAAAGACAUGGUAGAACCUGCGCCACGAAAUAUCCGCACAUCUGUCAAAGUUUCAAAUCCUGCAGGAGGUCAGACAAGUAUCCUAUUCACAGAUGAACCCGUUGUGGAGGCAACAAAAAAGAUACAUAACCAAAAGUUUCAAGAGCUGACUGGUAACGGUAUCUUCAAGGGAGAUGUUCCUCCAGGUUCUGCAGAAAAACCGUUGAGCCAAGCUAAACUGCGAGAAAUGAGUGGCAAUGACAUCUUUUCUGAUGGGAAGGCAGAAUCUCGGAGUUUUUUCGGUGGCUCACGAAAGCCCCCUGGUGGUGAGAGCAGCAUUUCCUUGGUUUAACUUUGAUAUUUAGCUGCCUGUGUACCAGUUGUAUCUUUUAUUUUACACCCCACUUUGGGGUGCUAUGUUUUAACUAUGAAGUGGCUUAUGUAAUACGUUGUUAGAGUAUAACAUUUAGAUUCGAACCUUAGGCAGUUGAGGUUGGCUAAUGAGUUAUUUCAACAAUUUCCAUUGUUGUGUUUCUUAGUGUUUGCCAUGAUCUCCGGACCAACUUUGUUUGUUGCUGUUGAAUAAUAGAGGCCCUUGGUAGUUAGGUCUUGUA